UCAAGGUCCCUCCUUGUCCAUCCAGCACAUGGUUUUGCAUUCUAUGUUGCCAACACAUUGAAAGUUACAUUUCGGGGCUAUCUCUUGAAGCUGAGUAAUAUAUAAUAACCUACUUGUAUUGCCUUUCACACAGCACAACAAUAUCUUUCUAUUUUUCUGAAGGAAAAUCUCAUUUCUUUCUCAACAUUCUUUCUUGGAGUAUUCUCCCUCGAACUUGAGAAUUGGAUAGCAUGAUCAGUCCCAAGAAGCUCAUUAGAAUGGCAAGGAAGUGGCAGAAGGUAGCUGCCCUUGGUAGGAAAAGGAUCUCACUGGGAAGAAUCAAUACGGGUGUGGAUGCAGACAGCUGCAGCACAUCAUCAGUGGCUAAUAAAGGCCAUUUUGUUGUUUACAGCUCUGACAGAAGACGCUUUGUGAUACCCUUGGCUUAUCUUAACAGUGAAAUCUUCAGAGAGCUUUUCCAAAUGUCUGAGGAGGAGUUUGGGAUACAAAGUGAUGGCCCCAUCAUACUGCCAUGUGAUUCAGUCUUUAUGGACUAUGUGAUCUCAUUCAUCCAACGUGGUAUUGGAAAAGAUUUGGAGAGAGCUUUGAUCAUGUCUAUGGCUUCCAGUAACUGCUCAUCCUCUUCAUACUUCCAUCAAGAGCAGAACAAUGAGAGAUUACUAUUAUGUGUCUUCUGAAGAAAUCACACUUAAUUUUUGUUAUCGAUCCACACAAAUUUAGUUGGAUAAUAUACAUAAUGAGAAUUUCCAAAGUAUUUUCUUCAUGUUUUCUUGUCUUCUCAUAGGUUAUAUUGCUUAUUGCCUCCAAAUGAGUUGUGGACAAAAUCUGUUAUGCUUAGAGAAGUAGGUACUACAAGUGCUAUUAAGUUUACCAUUCA